AGUACGCGCGCGCACAUUUGUGCGCAGGUUCGAAUCUCCGCCGCUUCGCGGUAGCUCCCCAACGUCCGGCAGUACCUCCGCUGCAGUGAGGGCAUCGCGCGCGGGCUGCGCCGGGCCCGGCCGCCCCGCCCCCUCCGCCCGCCGCCCGCUAGCCGAGCAGGUCCUCGCCCUCCCUCGCGCGCUCCGCCCUCGCCCUCCGCCCCUGGAGUUAUCUGCGCUCGGCCUCCCGCGCCGGGCGGGCUCCGCCCGAGGCUCCGGGGCCCAUGGCCAAGCGGCGUGCGGCCGAGCCGCUGACGUUCCACGUGCCUUGGAAGCGGCUUCUGCUCUGCGACUUCCCCGAAGAGCCGCCGCCGCCGCCGCUCUGGAUCCCGCCGCCGGGGGCCUCCCAUCCCGGGCAGCCCGUCGGCGUCCCGGAGCUGCCCCGAAAGCGCAAAAUCGACGCGGGGGCCAUGACUGAGCCUUCAGCUUCGCCCAGCAAGCGCCGCGACAGCCGGGACAGCAGCGUUCCGGGCGGCGUGCAGCGUGAGGGCCGAGGCCCGGAGACUGGCGAGCCGCCGCACCAGCAGCCUCCCGUACGGCCCCGCGGGCCAGGGGAGGAGCCUCGGGGCGCCCAGCCCCCGAGGGGCGGUGGCGACGACGGGGCGGGGCGCACGGAGCCCCCGCGGGGAGACUGGGGGGCAGCACCGCGCCAGCUCAAUGAAGAAUUUUGGCAGUAUAACACCUUCCAGUACUGGAGGAACCCUUUACCACCUAUUGAUCUGGCAGACAUCGAAGAAGUCCUUGAAGACAGCCUGCCCGAAGCAACACUUCAGAGCAAGAAUGAAGUGGUUGAGAUUGACAUGGAGUCCUGACAGAAGGAGCUGAAGAAUAGGUUUUUCGGAAUUCGAGGAGACAUCUCUUAAGUGAAUUUACUUAUUCUUAAGGGGAAAAGUUACUUUCCAUACUUGAUGUGAUUGCAUUCCCAAACCUGAAAAAUGAGGAAAAGCUGUUUUAAAGAUAAAUGCCUACAGUCACUACUGAAACUCCCAGAAGGGAUUUGUCAAGGAUAUAGUGCAGUUAUAGGGGAAGUAUUUUAUAUAUGUACUCGUAAAGAAAAAUCUAUGUUUAGACUCUUCAAUUUGAAAAUGCUUAUCUUAUAAAAAGGAAUUCUGGCAGUUUUAGAAGUAGGUGGGGAACACGCAAAUAUUCCUCUUCUCUGUACCAAAAAGUUAAUUUGUGGUACAUGAAAUGAAUAUUGUUUUAUAAUAACUCUUAUUAAUAAAAUGCUUUCUAGUACAUUGUAUUGACUCUUCUUAGUUGAACAGCUAGCCGACUUAAACAUCUAUGCAAACUUAAAAUGUGGGGGAUUCUUAAAGGUGGUAUAGUUCUAAAAGAACUUUCUAAAUGUAAAGUAGUGAGAAUUUCAAUUUGGGUAGCAUGUUUGCAUAGCUUCCGAUGUUUGAUACUUGUUUAACUCUACUUUGGGGAAUCAUAAAUGGAUAAAGAACAAUGAGGAGCAAAUAGGUGCUUCCUUCCCCCUUUUCCUAGGAUAAGAAGAAAGAAAUUUAGUUGUAUUUCUAAAUUUCUUGGUUUUGAAUUGUUUUGAGGGCAUGGUUUUUAUUGCUCAUUACUUUAGACUUGUUCUCAACAUAGACAACACUUCAGAAAUCCCUGUCUGAGCCCCACUGGAGAGAUUCCCAUUUAAUUGAGAUGGGCCUUGGGUAUAGCUAUUUUUUUAAGCACCAGUCCUCCUUUUCCCCAAUCCUAAUGUGCGGACAACUUUGAGAACCACCAGAGUAAUGGUAGUUUUUCCUGUUUAAAGGGGGUAACUGAUUUGAGAUGAAGCAACUCCUCAUUAGCUUUGUUUUUAUUUUGCUCUUUCGGCGGCUUUGUUACAAGUAAGUUACUGUGUUAUUACUAUUUCAUUGUUAAGAAAAUAAGCAGUUUGUGUUUGAGUUGAGUAUCAAUGAUUAAGUUAAUUAACUUUUGUAUUACAUCUAGAAUGUUGGCUUUGUAAUCGAGUAACUUUUCCUUGUAUAUUUUUUGUUGUUAAUGACAGUAGAUCCAAAAUUCAGAAAAGGUGAUAAAUGCCAAUGAAAAAGAAAAAAAAAAACAAACCAAUGUUUUGUGUAUACCUGUAGGAUUUAAGUAUGGAUUGACAUUAAUGAGAAUAUUCUAGAACAAAAGACAUGUACUGUGGUUAAGAAUUAAGGCUUUGAUGUCAGACAUGAUCCAAAGGCUUGUACUGCCACUUUCUACCUAUGUAACAUUAAGCAAGUUAUUUUUCAUCUUUGAGCCCCAGGUUCCUUAAUUGUAAAAUGAGAAACAAUAAAUAGUAUCUACCUCAGAGAGGCUAUGUUUAUUGUCAAGCAGUGUACUAAGUACUUUACCUGCAUCUUGUUUAAUUCUCAUAAUAACCUUAUUGUAGGUUAAAAAAAAUAGAAUAAAUGUGUUUUUGUAGUUAUACUUAGUUCCACGUUAAGUUGCCACUAGAAAUUUCAGGAUAAGAAUUAGAAUUGAAGCAGCAAAGAUGGCAAGCAAGUGGGGGAAGCAGUUAAAUUGCAAGAAAAUGGUUAACUUUCUUCCCCCUUCUCCUACCUGAGGGUAGGAAGGGGUCCGUUUUGGACCCCGUCACUGCUCUUUCUACUGCCCAGAACGGUGCCUGUCACAUAGUAGAUAGUCAGUAAAAAUUGCACGACCGAAUUAAUAAGUGUUCUCUAUUGAUGGGAAGGUAAUGGCAACCAUUUUCUAGGAACAUAACACAAAGCUAGGCAUUUUACCAAAGAUGUUCAUGCAAAAGAUGUGUCACAGAGAUCAAAUAGUAGAACAUUGGAAAUAGUAAACACUGGAAACAAUAAUGUAAAAGCUAAGACAUGUCCAUCUAAUGAACUAUAGGAGGUGGUCAUUUACUUUAAUGAGAAAUUCAUAGGAUACUACAUUGCAGGUAAGUGAAUAGGAGAUUCAAAGAGUGGCUCAGACAGGGGUUCCUGGCUGGCUCAGUUGGUAGAGCUAUGCAACUCUUGGUCUCAGGGUUGUGAGUGCAAGCCCCACCAUCAGUGUUAAAGCUUACUUGAAAAAAAUAACUGACAAUUUUUUUGAGCAUUAUGUGUCAAAUAGCAUACAAAACUGUAAGGUAAAGAUUCACGGAAAAUAUUUGCUAUCAAUAUGUUGAAGGCUGAACGUUUUUAUGUAGUUGUAUAUAUAGUAUAAACAUUUAAAUACGUUUAAUAUGUAGAAUAUGAAUAUGUAAAGAUGUAUAUAUAUGUAUACAUACACGUUUGUGUGUGUGUGUGUGUGUGUGGAGAGAGAGAGAGAGAGAUUUGAAAUAAUUCCAUCCUUUUAGAAAAAAUUGUUAGUAAGUAAACCUCAAGAUAAUUUGGCAGAAUUGCGUGUGGAUAAAUUAAGAUGGAAAUUUAAAAGAAUUUCUUUUUAAGUUGUAUACACUUCACCCAGGUUCCCUAAUAUAGCAUCUUACAUUAUUAGCACAGUAUGAUUAUGAAAAUGAGGACAUUAAUGUUAAUAUAAUUCUAUAAUGCUAUUAUGAGGACAUGGAAAGAGUGACUUCCGGCAACUCUUAAAGGAUAUGUCAAAAAUAUACAAAAUAUAUAGACUUUUAAAAUUUUACUGUCGUCUCACUAACAUUCUUUUUCUGGCCCAGGUUUCAAUCCAGGGUCACAUUUUGUAUUUAGUUGUGGUAUCUCCUCAGUCUCCUUUAAAUCAAUUCCUUGGAAUUGAUUUGCCUUUCAUGACCUUAGUACUUUUUGUAGAGUACUGAUCAGUUGUUUCAUAGGGUAGCCCUCAAUUUUGGUUUGUCUGCUGUUUCUCAUAAUUAUGCAUUUUUGGUAAGAACUCCAUAGAAGUGAUGUAUCCUCAAUGCAUUACACCAGAAGGCACUGGAUGUCAACUUGUUUUGUCAUUGGUGAUUGUAACUCAAUUACUUGGCUAACGUGAUGUUGGCCAGGUUUCUCGUUUAUAAAGUUAAUAUUUUCUUCUACAUAAUAAUUAUCUUCUGGAAUAUACUUUGAGACCAUGUGAAUAUCUCAUUUCUUGUCAUAUUCUGCCCGUGAAUUUUAGGAUACGUUGAUGAUUCUUCCAUGAAAUAUUUAUUGCUCUGGUAUGUGUGAAAUAGUAACUUUCUAUUUCCAUUAUCCCUCCUACAUCUAUUCACUGGAAUUCUGUAAAGCAAGAGCUUUCCUUUCACCCCCAUUUUUUAUUCAGUGAUUUAUAACAGUAUAGAUUAACAGACAUAUAUUUUAUUCUAUGAAUUCCAAUGAGUUGCUAUCAUAAUUUUGUUGUACAAGUUACUGCAACAGAUUUAGCCAUUGGGAGGCCCUCUCAGUUGGCUCUUGUGCCCUUCCUCUUUUUUUAACAUGUUAUUUAUUGUGUGAGUACUGGUUAACAUUGGCAGUGCGCUUUGCAUUUACAAGGUUAAUGUAUGGCAAUUGUGCCACCUGUGCAAUGCUGUGAUUUUCACUGAACAAUUUGAGCCUUGGCGUCUUCUUCAGAGAAUGGGGACACUAAUAACCACCUUAGAGGAGCACAGUGGGGAUGAAAUGACAUGAUGGUUGUGCAGAACCCAUAGUGGGCACUAAAUACAUGUAUCUCUUCCUUAUAGUACAUGAAAUGCACAUUUUUGCCAUCUUCCUGAUAGGUAGAUAGACUAUUAGUGAUCUCUGACAAUACCUGAAACUGAGGCAAACAUUAAGAUUACUUUUAAAGAAUUUCAACAAUUACCUGGCGUCCACAGACCAGAAUGAUAGUGUUCUAGCAAUUUCUGUUUAUUGGUUGCUGUAUUUUGUGUCUUUUUGAUACAGCCCUGUUGUAGAAUUCUAAAAUGGGCCCCAAGAUUGCUAGACCACAGGGUAUCAUCCAGUCAUUUGAUCAAACACUGAUUUAGGUACUACUGUGAGAAAUUUUGCAGAUGUAAUUAAAGUCCCAAACCAGUUGAUCAUAAGAUGAAAUGAUCUGUGUGGUAUGACUUAAUCACAUGAGCCCUUUAAAUAUGGGGGAGAGCUCAGAGACAGAAGAAGUCAGUGCAAAAUGUGAGAGGGAUUCAAUAUAAGAGCAAUUCUGGCUUCGAAGAUGGAGGGAGUCAUGUGACAAGAACCUGAGAACAGCCUCCAGAGGCUGAGAGUGAGCCCUGGCAGCCAGCCAGCAAGGAAACAGGGACCUCAGUCCUACAACUCAAGGAUCUGAAUUUAGCCAACAACUUGAGUGAACAUGGAAGUGGAUUCUUCAGAGAGGAGCACAGCCUGGCUGGCACCUUGAUUUCAGCUUUGUGGCACUCUUAAACAGAGAACCUGGCCUGUUAAGUGGGACUUUUGACCUCCUGGACUAAACUGAUUGAUUGAUUGGUUGGUUGAUUGUGUGUGUGUGUGUGUGUGUGUGUGAAGCUGCUAAGUGUGUGGUAAUAUGCAGCAAUAGAAAACUUACAUAGACUUUAUCAUUUUUAGCAUUUCCAUACCUUUUCCCACAGGUGUUUUGACACAAACAGUUCUCUUGUAAUAUCUCCACUCUAGUCUUGGAAUCAUGUCUCCAAACAGCCCUGGUUCUUUCACUAGAGAAUGGUACUUAGAAACGAAGAUCGGGAUGCAAGAUCUACUCAUUGUACUGAGUGUCACUGCUUCUAGAUCCUCUCAGCUGACAGAACUACAAAAUAUAUGUGUAUACAACUAUAUGUAUGAUUCAUUUAUCAAUAUACUUGUGUCUCUAUCUGUAUAUAUACUUAAAAAAAGUUCAUAGUGAUACUUCCAAUCCUACUCCAACACCACAGUGUUCAUUAUAAAUUCCCUUCUUUUUAAUUCCUUUGAAAACUAGACUUCAUAUCCUUUAUUUAUUUAUUUCUUCAAUCCUCAAAUACACAUAACACAGUUUAGAAACUGCUAACCAAUACUACUAUUCCAAACAGGCCUGCUAGUUGGAGUAGAAUAUCUGUAUAUCCUUCUUUUGUGUUUAGUCUUUGGAUAUUCAAUUAACAUUGUUUUCUAAAGUUACUUAGGUUGGUUCUUCCUUUUCCAUCCUUCCCUUCAGAGUGGUUAUGUUAUUGUAAUACACUUGGAUUCAUUUGUUUUUGUUUCUAUAUCAGUUUUGAUUCCCCAUCUAUGUUUUUUUUUAAGUUUGUAAAACAUUCACAUGGUUCUAUGAGUCAGAACUAUACAAAAAUGUUUAAUCAGAGAUGUGUUACUCACCCUAACUGUUCUCCCCCAUUUUCAUUCCCCUGUUUUUCCUGUUUUGUUCCCCAUGCCCCUCCCCCCUGUAAAUAAACAAUUUCAUUAGU